AUGAAGUUAUUUGAGAGUCAACAUUUCUUCCAAUACAAAUGGGAACAAGUUACCGCAGCCAAUUGGCAAAAAUACCCCAACCCUAUUUCUACUCAUGUGGUGGCAGUUGACGUAUUAGCCCGAGAGAUUGAUGAAGAAAGACAAGUGUUACGGACCGAGCGGUUGAUCACUUGUAAGCAAUCCAUCCCCAAAUGGCUUAGUGUUAUUGUUGGUGGUCAAGAAUACAGUUAUGUAAGAGAAGUUAGUGAGGUUGAUUUACCCAGUCGGACAUUGGUAAUGAAGUCGCACAAUUUAACCAUGAGUCAUCUCUUGAGUGUUAUGGAAACUGUGAUUUAUCGUCCAGAUGGUGAAUCACGUACUGCUUUCAAACAACAAGCAGAAAUCACAGCAUUUGGUACCUGGCAAAGAAUCUGUAACAAGAUCGAGGAAUGGUCUGUUGAAAGAUUUGGUCAAAAUGCCAAUAAGGGUAAGACAGCUUUCGAAGGGGUAUUACAAGUUUUAUCAGAUAAAUGGGAUGAAAGUGAAAUGUUUGUUAGUGAAGUUGGAUCAACCAUUUUGAAAGAAAUUGAUGAUGUUGAACGUAAAACUCAAACAGUUAUUGAAGAAGUUAAAAAGUUGGGUACCUCCGCAUUUACCCUGUCAAACCGUUAA